GUGAAAAGGAAGAGGGUUAUUUAUUGAAAGACUGAAGCGUCGGAAGCGCGUCGAAUCACGGUCACGUGCGGUGAGUCACUUUGAUUGAUGAGCAGAUUAGAUUAGUUUCUAAACAACAAGCUGAUUCCCAUCCUCUCGUCAUUCAGCGCCUGGAGCCGAUGCAUAUCAUGAGGAUGGCUUGAGCGCUCGACCAUAAGAAAGGCGAUGGUCAGAGACUUUUGGGGACCGUUCGAAUCGUGCUUCCUCCAUCUCGACUCAAUCAUAUCAGCCAAUGCUCCAUCCGGCGCUUGGACGCAAUCCCACAUUUUGAGAAAAGUCAAAUUGGGGCAGAUGUUUUGGCCGGCGGCAUCGCAUUUCCACGUGAGAAGACUUAGCACGCGCUCGUCGAUGAUGGUGUGUGCCAUACGGCGUUCAUUGGUCAGCGUCAGCGAGGAUAGUGAAUGAGACACCUGCUGCAGACACUCGGCCAUUUGGGCAGGCGUCAUGUCCAUAUCGGCCAAGGAGAGCGCAUGUAUCGAGCAUUUGGACCUGGCAAGGAUCGAAAUGAACUCUUCAUGUGGCCACACUGGCGCCGCGAUGAUGCCAAUGCCCCGGAUUGAGAGCCUUUGCAGACGGGGAAGUUCCAGGCGGUGGAAUAAGCGCCCGCACAGAUCUGCCGUAAGCUCCAGCACCAUCAGAUUGUGUCGCAACACAGGCGGGUCUGCAUCCGUGUUUGGAGAUGUUAGCACGAAGAACUGCGCCUCUUCGAUGUUGACCCCGUCCCGCAGGAUACGUAGGAACUCUUCGGAUGAAAUGGGCCGCUCAAGAAAGAGCUUCGUGCACUCCCGCAACCGCGGUGCUGAAAGAAGCAACAUGAGUUGCUUCUCCUCUUCCGUCCGCUCAUUAACGAACUCGUUCGUCCGCCAGAAAUCCCGCACGAGAUGAAGACGCUCCAAAACACCUGGGGGUGCGUCACGGGGCAGCCUGGAAAGGCCAGUAUCGAUUCGCCAAUCCUGAUACUCGAGCUGCACAUUCUGCCAUCGUCGGUAGUGCGGAGCGUAAAGAUCCAAUACCCGCGCAGAUGUGAUCAUCCCCUCUUCGUAGUAAUCCUUUUGGAUGGUUUCCGUGAUGGAAAACGAAAGCAGGCACGAGCCCGUGCGCGACAGCCAGGUCGCGACAAUGGGAAGGCUCGGGACACAGGAGUCGACGGAGACUUUGAUAGUAAGGGAGGCCCAGAGGACUGGUGUGCUCAAUGCAACACUUCUCCAGGUUCGACUCACGCGUGAGAUGAGCAGUGGCGAUUUGCGCACGGACGGCUGCCGGAAAGUGUUUCGAGGAAGGCAGUGGGUGAAUAUCUCACUGAGGAUUUCUGCAGGAAGAGAGCGAAUGGGAGAGAGGAGGGCACGGUGCGUUUCUAGCGCUGCGAAUUGCUCAGCGUGCUCUGCGACCAGUCCGUUCAGAAUUGCUCGUGUAUGCGCAAUUUCUGAAUCCACGCUCCCUGCAUCUUCAGCGUUCCCUGGAUCACGUUCCCGCCUCUGCAUCAAGAUCUCAAGCUCGUCCUCUGCAUUAGCGAUCUUCCCUUGCAGCCGCGCGACAUGCGCCUCUUUCGUGAGGAUGACAUUUCGAAUAGACAUUGCUUCAGUUUCCGACGGCCCAGCGCUGCUUGAGAGAAGUCGGUGCGCCUCUGUGCGCUGUUUCAGAAGUUCCUGCAGGGCAGCCUGGGCUUUGGCAAUCUCCGCAUCGAGACUGGCAACGAGUUCAUUAUUCUGCUGAAUAGUCUCUCUCACUAGACGGGCAUCGUUGUCUGUGACUACGAG